AACCAUGAAUAUAACAAAGGUAACCAUGAAUUCCACAUAUGUAACCAUGAGUCUUACAUAUGUAACCACAAAUUUAACAUAUGUAGCCAUGAAUAUUACACAGGUAACCAUGUGUUUUACAUAUGUAACCAUGAAUUCCACAUAUGUAACCAUGAGUCUUACAUAUGUAACCACAAAUUUAACAUAUGUAGCCAUGAAUAUUACACAGGUAACCAUGUGUUUUACAUAUGUAACCAUAAAUAUUACAAAGAUAAUCAUGAAUAUUACAUAUGUAACCAUGAAUCGUACAUUUGUAACCAUGGCUAUUACACAGGUAACCAUGAGUAUUACAUAUGUAAUAUUCAUGGUUACAUAUGUAAUAUUCAUGGUUACAUAUGUAAUAUUCAUGGUUACAUAUGUUAA